CGAGGAUGAACCAGCAACAAGUGUGUCGGAAUAAACCCUCACUUAGUCAACAAAACCUCCCAAACCAGUACCGCGGGGACUCAAACCGACACUUUUUCGCUGGUUUCCAGGUGGAUGUAGCAGUGUAACGGAGGACUCGGCUCUACGGUGAUGGUAACAUGGCUGCUGUAUUUACCGAGUUACCCUCCUAGAUUUCCCAAUUAUCUCAACAUAAUUUAAGCUACACACCCGUGGAGCUAAGCAAACACGGUCAGUGCAGCGCGAGUGUGAGGGAUGACAACCUCCCACCUGAAUGGCCACGUCGCUGGGGAGGGAGGAGGAGGAGGAGGAGGAGGAGGAGGAGGAGAUGAAGAGCUACGGGGAGGACAGCAGCACAGGGAAAUGGCUGUUGACUGUCCAGGAGAACUUGGGAGUCGAACGUUACCUGUCCGACGAUCCGCACAGCUGGAGAGGAUAAGACAACAUCAGGAGGAUCUCAGACGCCGUAGGGAGGAGGAGGGUCGCCAACUGGACCUGAACGCCUCCCUCAGACUCAGGAAGCUCUCCCAGAAUCCCCACAUCGGGAUCGACAACCCCACAUUCCUUCAAGACUCACAAAUACCACAGCAGCCGCUCGGCAGCCAGCACACGCAUGCACUGCUGGAGUUGGAGGAGCUGCUGCUGUCGCUGAAGCAGGUCCGGAGCUGCCUGUCUGACCAGCAGAGUCAGAAUGACAUAGAGCUGGUUCUUGCACUACUAAACAAGUCUGACUUCCAGUCAGCGCUGAAGAUCCACAAUGCGGUGGCUGGCAGCAUGCACCGGCCCUCUCCUCCGUACCCACACAGCCAGCAGGCGCUCCCACUGGCCAUGGAGGUCAAGGAUUUCACACAGUCGUGUCAGAGUAAAGAGGGACUGGAACUCAACAGUCUGCUGUCAGAUACACACAUUCAGGCGUUGCUCCUGGCACAUGACAGCAUAGCGGAGAGGGAAAUGGAGCCAGAGCCGCUUCCUGCGCAGGGAGAGACGCUGACCCAGUGGGGAGGAGAAACUGUGAAGAUAGUUCGCAUAGAGAAGGCCCAAGACGUUCCCCUGGGAGCGACUGUCCGUAAUGAAAUGGAGAGCGUUGUGAUCAGCCGCAUCGUUCGGGGUGGAGCUGCUGAACGCAGCGGACUUCUGACGGAAGGAGAUGAAAUACUGGAAAUCAACGGUGUAGAGAUCAGAGGGAAAGACGUCAACCAGGUCUUUGACAUUCUCGCGGAUAUGCACGGCCUCCUGACCUUCGUGUUGAUUCCCAGCGGUCAGGGCAAACCUCCUCCCAUCAAAGAAAGUGUGGUCCACGUGAAGGCCCACUUCGACUACGACCCCUCAGAUGACCCGUACGUGCCGUGUCGAGAGCUGGGCUUAUCUUUCCAGAAGGGAGAUAUUCUUCACAUUAUCAGCCAGGCAGACCCCAACUGGUGGCAGGCGUACAGGGACGGGGAUGAGGAAAACCAGCCGCUGGCUGGACUGGUCCCAGGGAAGAGUUUCCAGCAGCAGAGAGAAGCCAUGAAGCAAACCAUAGAAGAAGACAAGGAGCCUGAGAAAUCCGGGAAGCUGUGGUGCGCGAAAAAGAACAAGAGGAAGAGAAAGAAGCUGCUGUACAACGCCCACAGGAACGAUGACCCUGAUAAUGAGGAGAUCCUCACCUACGAGGAGAUGGCUCUGUAUCACCAACCAGCCAACAGGAAGCGGCCGAUCGCCCUGAUCGGUCCAACCGGCUGCGGGCAGGCGGAGCUGAGACAGAGACUACUAAACCAACCGGAGCGCUUUGCUGGAGCCGUACCUCACACCACGCGGAGUCGUCGAGAAGGUGAGCUGAGCGGCCGAGACUACCACUUUGUUUCACGUCAGGCGUUUGAGGCAGAGCUGGCAGCGGGGAAGCUGAUCGAGUCCGGCGAGUUUGAGAAGAACCUCUAUGGAACCGGCAGCGACUCCGUGCGGCAGGUCAUCAACACUGGAAAGAUCUGCGUGCUGUGUCUGCACACACAGGCUCUGAAGGUGCUGCGGAGCUCCGACCUGAAGCCUUACAUCAUCUUUAUCGCACCGCCCAACCAGGAGAGACUUCGAGCCCUGCUGGCUAAAGACAACAAGAACCCCAAGCCUGAGGAGCUGCGGGACAUCAUCGAGAAGGCCCGGGAGAUGGAGCAGAGCUGCGGUCACCUGUUUGACGCCGUCAUCGUCAACACGGACCAGGAAAAGGCCUACAACGAGCUGCUACGGCUCAUCAACAAACUGGACACGGAGCCGCAGUGGGUGCCGUCCUCGUGGCUGCGCUGAGCGCAGAGAGGCCGGCCCUGCAGGACACACGCUUCUGCACGUCUGACUAACUGGAUCUGAACACGAGACGAGGCUGGCGACGCCACCAAACACACAUCACACCUACAUUCUUAGGUAUUGUUCAGGAUAUUCUGAUGGACGGCAGCAAAAAUAUCAGACUGUAAACUAUUAAUAAUUAAACUUAAAACAGCCUCCUGGAGAGAAAUUGUAGCUGUAUGAAAGUUGAAGUCAUAUUUUGAGAUAAAGUUGGAAUUGUGGAAAACAAUGUAAAAGAAAUAAAUAUCUAUUAGGUUCGUAACUUUAAAGAAUGAAAUCAGAAAAGUAAUAUUUCUACAGGUUUUAACAGUUUGAAUCACAAAAGAAGCUUCGUUAGCAGCUUGAAGGAAUAUUAAAAGUUAAAUAAAUCAGCUCUAAAUCUAUUAUUAGAUAGAAAUGAAGGUCAUUCUUUUCAGGAACCAAAAAAUUGCAAAUCAAAGCAGUUUUGAGUUUGAACGUAAUUAUGUUUGUUUUUGCAGCGAAAUGACAAUUAAUAUUAAAACAUGUGGCAAUAGAUCCAAGUCAGAUCCCCUUAACAACGCCGUUGCAGUCUAGUGAAAGUGUAGAGAAGAUGACAGAUGGAGUCUCUACCGACAUGUCCGAGUAAAUGUAACUGUACAGGAAUCUGCUGCCAGAGUUCAUGUCUGCUUCCACGCUGCUGGAUCAAUCAAGAUAUUUAGAACAGAGUAGAUGAAGAGAAGCAGGAGGAGAUCUGCAUCUACAGCCUCUUCUUACAGACUAACUAACACACACAGUUAAAUGUACGUUGGUUUGUCUGCAGGGAUCCAGAGCUGCUUCAGUGCACUUAGUUCUGGUUUUUACUCCUUAUGAUCUAAUUAUAGACCUGUGGUUAAUCUAACUCCUCCAUGUUCCUGGAAAGCCUCAACGAAACCUCCCUUAACGCUUCAUCAACCUCUCUGCGAUUCUGUCCCUUCCUCUGAACUCCUCCUCGAGCGUAAACGUCAGAAACAAAGUCCAUCCUUUGGUCCAGAGUCUUCUCCCAACAGGCUUCCCUACGCCAGUCACAUGCCGUCGUUUCCUCACAGUUCCUUCGUUUCACAUGUCAGCAAAAUUAAAAAAUAAAUACUUCUCUUGUUCAGGGGCACCCAGGAGCUGUAGUAGUCUUUAGCUCGGAGGCUACGCCUACACGAGUGGUGCUUUAGCCACGUUUACGACACGGUCCGCGACGACAGGACCCGUUCGGUCUCUUCCUCGAUUGCCAUCAUUUUCUCUAUGCAGCAGUACCACGUCUGGCCACAUGAGGGCAGCACAUCACAGCAAAGUUCAGGAGUCCACAAUGACAUGCUCCUCUAGUGGAACAAAGUGGUAUUACAUUCCGGACCACUCAUUAGCACAGUGUUGCCACUGGGGUUCUGCAUCAACUCAGCAGAGCUUGAUGCCCCGUGUGGUCAGGAGUGGUACCUCUACAUAUGGUGGCUUUAAUUUCCCAGCAUAAUGUCCAGUGACUCUCACAGUCGCCUCCAUCGUUGUUGAGGCAACAGAUGAGCCGUUCAGGGAGGGAGGCCAAAGGUACUUCAGUAAUGAGAGCCCCAAAUCAAAUAUGCUCAUCAAAUAUUCCUUCGAAUAAUGUGAAAAAGUAUUUUAAUAGGAAAAAACUGCUUUAAAUGAAUCAAUUCAGACGAAAAAAGCUCUUAAGUCAAGUCAGAGUUGACAACACUUCAGUCUUCAGUUUUAUGUCCCGGUACAAAGCACAACCAAACUUUUUGUAAAAGAUUACCGUUUCCUUUGCGUUUCGUCAGCUCAGGUCGCUCCACCGCUGCACGUGCGUGUCCAGACUGGAUCCUCUGAGAAAACAUUUCCUAGAAAUGCAAAAUUUUCUCUCAGGUUUUGGUCAUUCUGGGUUUUAUCUUCCAGAUUUUCACCUCCAGCUUAUGUUCUCUAAGCAUCAAACAUUGUUAAACGAUUUGCUUAAACAACUUCUAGUAUAAAUAUUGGGAUUAAUCCUCAAAAAUAUGACCUUCAACCUCACUGUCUUUCAUAAAUGUCCAACUUUAUCGUCACAAUGACUGGAUUUCUCUCCCAGAUGUUGUUUGGUGAAGCGGCCCUGAUCUCGUAGGACGGGUUCACCUGGUGAAGGAAAUGUUCUUUUUUACCUUUUGUGGUUUAAGUGUCUCCAUGGUGCCUGACUGACGAUGUCAUUUAGCUGUCAGCGUCACAAACUCCCAUCAGCCCACUUGACCCUGUGCUGAACCAGAGCUGCCUCGUCUCCAGAACCCUCUCAGAGCCUUAAAGCGGUCGUCAUCAGUGCUGCAAACAGCACUGGCGUUUGGAGAUGUGGAGCAGACCGGGGGAAUUAAAACCUGUCAGCUGCUCUUCCUCCGCUGCGUCCACCUCACGUUUGUGUCGUAACGUCGUCUUUCAUCGUUUUCUCUUGGAUGAAGCCGCUGCGCCUUUCAUUAGAAAACAGGUGAAUCAGUUUAAAAGGUUUUUACGCUCGUUUAAGGCGGUUUUACCUUUCCUUUCACGAGACUUGACUCCUUCUCGGUGGGGAAAACGAUCCUCGCUGGCGUGAACGUUGGAGAGCAGCUGAUGACGUCCGUCUUUCUGCUUUUGUUAGCGAGCGCAGCCACGGCGCCCCCUGCUGACGCCUUACACACACCGGUUUAUCCUCUCUGGCCCCAAAACCAGGGUUUUACUUUUCUUUAUUCCUUGAUGGAAACACGCGUGUUUUUAGGGGCGGUGGCCUGGCCGCCUCCACCGCCUGACGUAAGCACUUCUGAGGCCGGCAGACAGUCGGCGCUGGUCUGGAACCAGUUGUCCCGGCUGAGAGGUCUGAGCUGCAGGAGGAUGAAACUACAGGGCAAAAGUUCAAUCAAUCCGCUAGAAGAUGACGGAGCGUAGAAAAGUCAAUAAAGAUUGAUUGAUUGCUCUGGAAGUGGUGGAAUAUUUUGUCCACAUGAGUAAAAGUGUAAUUCUCUAAUGCACUCACACUAUAAUAUGACCUCAUUAAGGAUGUUUCUGACCUGCUUCCCUCGGCCCUGGCUGGUGAAAGAUAACGAACAGGAUCAGAGUCUGAUCCAGAUCUGGACCUCGCUCAAAAGACUGUCAAAACUGAGGAAAUGUUCAUGUUUUUCUUUUUUCUUUUUGGCUUUAUUCUUUGAUCAUCUCAAACAUUGUGAUUCAUAUUUAAUUAUUGUCGCAGACAGAAUCAAGUGUAAAUGUUUGAUUUUUGAAUUCAAGCUUCACGACUUCAGGAAAGAAUCUGAGGAAACCAAACGGAUAAGGACUAAAUGUGAAAAUCGCGCUUGACUAUAAACCACACUGAGCCUCAUCUUUCAUUGCUUUGCGUAUGAACACACACCGCCGGCGUGCAUUAGCUGCUGAACUCCUUUACUGGGCCGAGCCAGAGUCCCGGCAGAACACACACUUUUACACUAAAACCCCUGGUGCCCUCUGACUGGUUCUGUCCCGUCUGAUCACUUAUAGACCUCUGAGCCCGCUGGCUGAAGGAAGUAGUUAGUUCUUUUGUUCUGAUCGGCACAUGAUGCUGAGCUCGUUAGAUAGUGUGUGUGUGUCUGUGUUUGUUUGUGUGUGCUUGCGUGUGUGUGUGUGAAAGAGAGAGAGAGAGGCAGUCUUAAAGACGGUGAAGUAUUACUGAGAGCUGAAGUAGAACCGACACCACAUCACUGUCACCACUGUAGAGCCUUUAUAUAUUUGUAAUAUUGAAUAUAGAUUUAUGAAGUUCAGAAAGCACCAAUAGGAUUCAAGUUCCACCGCUCCGUCCUCCAGGCCUGCAGGCGAUUGGUGGAGGAGGUCGAGGAGGCGGGGCUGAGUGGAAUGAAACUGUAUUGAAUGUAAAGUUAAUUGAUACCACAACAAACAUCACUUGUUUUUUGAGGGAAAAAAAUGUGUUUUGUUUUGAUAUUCACAAUAAAUAAAUAAAUAGAUGAUUGAUAGAAAA